AUGAUUAGAGUAAAGGAUCCGGUUGCGUCACUACAAUUUUAUCAAGAUGUUCUUGGAAUGAAACUGAUCAAUCGGGCAGAUUAUGAGAGUGGUAAAUUUACACUUUACUUCCUCGCCUAUGUACCAGAAGGCGAGCUCCCGGAAGCGGAACAAGCGAGGAAAGCUUAUACUUUCAAUCGUGAAGCCGUAUUGGAAUUAACCCACAACUGGGGAACAGAGCACGACGAGAACUUUCACUAUAGCAGUGGAAAUAAAGAUCCUGGUCGUGGAUUCGGUCAUCUUGCUAUAACUGUCGAUAAUAUCGAGGCAGCAUGCGCUCGAUUUGAAGAGAAAGAAGUCACGUUUAUCAAGCGACUUCAAGAUGGCACUAUGAAUAAUAUCGCGUUUAUUGCUGAUCCAGAUGGUUAUUGGAUUGAAAUUGUUCCUAAGGGUCUUUCCUCAGUUUAA